AUGGUUCAAGUGCCUAGGAGAAGGCCAAAAAUGUAUGGUCGGACAUACUUAUAUUACUCCCCGACCAUCAUCCGCACCAGGAAAAACAAGACAAAGACAAGGACAGCAGCUUCUCGAAUAGCUGAGAUGUUAUAUGAAGGGAAGCAUCCAGUGCGAACGUCAAAUACUAGUCCAGUCCCAACCAACCUUCGUCGUUCUUCAAGAAAAAGAAGGAUUUCUGUAAAUCUUGAAGAUUACACCAACAGUUCUGGAUCAGAGGAUGAAGACUUGAUGAGACCGGCAUAUCGACGUUUGAGGACUCGGAAUAUUAAUUCUGUGAACCAACAUGGUUUGUUGAACUUGAAGCGCAAGAAGACCAUGGAGGCUAAACCAAAACCAGCACCAACACCACGGCGAGAAGGCUUGCGACCUCGUCGUUCAAAGGCGGUUACAAGCAUCCAACUAAAUUCAGAAUCUGGUGAUGAGCAAGAUGUUUCAGAAGAAAAGGUUGAUCAAGACGAAACUGAAAAUGGAAACGAUACGGAUGAACAUGAUGUGGAUGAUGAUCAAAAUGAAGGUGAGGAUGAGGAUGAGGAUGAGGAUGAGGAUGAGGAUGAGGAGGGCGAUGAGGAAGGUGAUGGGGAGGAAAAGUAUCCUCAGGUUUACACUAGUGAUGAUAAAUUCCUGAUAGAUGUUGACUCAGUUAGGGUUGAAAAAAAUCACUUUAUAGAGGCCAUGGCAACUAUUACUCCUGCUGCCCAUAGAGGUUCAAUUGUGCAAUCCAGGCCAUUAUCUUUAGUAGUUGCGCCAUGCCUGCAGAGACAUCUCCAAAAAGCUAUAAAUUAUAUCUCAGAUAUUUUUCCUCCUCUAACUGUAUCAUCAGAAUUGACAAAGCUUUCAAUGCUUUCUUAUGGAUCAGCAAUUCCUCUUGUUUAUCGGCCUCGGCUGUUGCUGUGUGGCAUUGAAGGUUCUGGGCUGGAUCAUCUUGGGCCUGCAAUUUUACAUGAACUGGAAAAAUUUCCUGUUCACUCUCUAGGACUUUCAUCUCUUCUUUCUGAUCCUAGCGCAAAGACCCCCGAGGAGGCAUUAGUGCAUAUUUUUGGUGAAGCAAGGAGAACAACACCAUCCAUACUCUAUAUGCCUCAGUUCAAUCUUUGGUGGGAUAAUGCACAUGAACAGCUCAGGGCUGUUCUACUGACUCUGUUGGAAGAAUUGCCAUCGGACUUGCCCAUACUGUUACUUGGAACAUCUUUAAUUCCGCUCGCUGAAAUAGAUGGGAAUCCACAUUCAGUAUUUCCUCAACGUACAGUAUACCAAGUGGACAAACCAUCUAGUGAAGACAGAUCUUUGUUUUUUGACCGUUUAAUUGAAGCUGCUUUGUCAGUCUUGUUUGAGGGUGUAACAAAAAAAUCUCAGGAAUCAGUAUCUAUUCCUGAGCUUCCAAAGGCACCGAAAGUGGCAAGUGGCCCUAAGCCAUCAGAAAUAAAAGCUAAGGUGGAAGCUGAGCAGCAUGCCCUUCGCCGAUUAAGAAUGUGCCUUAGAGACGUUUGCAACAGGAUAUUAUAUGAUAAAAGAUUUGGGGUCUUCCAUUAUCCAGUCACAGAUGAAGAUGCUCCAAAUUACCGUUCAAUAAUCCAGAACCCUAUGGAUGUGGCUACUUUACUGCAGCGUGUUGACUCUGGGCAGUAUAUUACAUGUUCAGCAUUCUUACAAGAUGUCGAUCUCAUUGUGAACAAUGCAAAGGCUUAUAAUGGAGAUGAUUACAAUGGAGCAAGAAUCGUUAGUAGAUCUUAUGAGCUCCGGGAUGCAGUGCAUGGAAUGCUGUCACAGAUGGACCCUGCACUGAUUGCAUACUGUGACAAGAUUGCAGUCCAAGGGGGUCCAUCACAAAUACCAGAUGAACUAGGGGGUUCCAUUUUUCCUCCAGCUCCUGUUGUCCAGCUUGGAACAGUAACCAGAGCAAGUGCUCGACUUCGCAAUGUGCAACCAGAAGUUAAUCUGGAUCAAAGCUACGAGGCCCUGAAAAGGCCAAAGAAGAGUGUUGAUGCUGCACAUCCAGCACCGGCAGAAGAUAAAUCCCAGCAACAAGAUGAACCUGAGGCAUCUGACGUGCAUCUGGCUUCGACUCCUGCUGACAAUGAUUCCCGAGGAACAUCUGGAGAAGUGUCUGGUCAAGCAGAUGGGAAUGGAUAUCAAGUUGUUACCAUGUCAGAUGGUCAAUUUUUGCGUGAGUCGGAAUCUGUCAAGCAGCUUCUUCUGGGGCGCACUGAAAACUAUGGCAUUCCGCAGCUUGAGAGGCUGUACACACGCAUCAUGAAGGGCAUUUUUGAAACCAAGGAUAUGGGGAUUCAAAAUGACCAGAAGCGUUCAAUUUUGAAAUUUUUGAUGAAAUUUGCUGAGAAUGACGCAAAUUUCUGAUGCCAAUACCUUUUCUCCGUAGGAUCACAAAGAGAAAAAAAAGCAAAGACACAAAAUUAGGAUUCAAAAAAAAAAAAGAAAAAAACAGAAAAGAAAUCCUUCUAGUUAGAUGAUGUAAAGUCGGGAUUUUCUUUUCAAUGCAAAAUAUUUGAGUGAAGGCCCUCUCUCUAAUUUUAUUAGAUUAAUCAUUUAAGUGUCAGAUUGUGUUGGGAGGAAUGGACCAUUUUUAUGGAGUGUAUAUUUAGUGGAAUAAUGACUAGAAAUUUAAUUGUAGACGAUGAGAACUUCAA